GGGAAAGGAAAGAGAUCGGAAGGAGGAAGGCUAACUAACGUAAAGGUGAGAAAGGAAAUGUCCAUAUCAUAUGGAAACAUGAAGAGAGAGCAAGGAAGGGAAUGAGACCCGCCCACCCACCACCCUAUAAGAGAGAGAGAGAGAGAGAGACACACACACACACACACCAAUUAAGUGACGUUCUUUUUGGGCUUUGCUUCAACCCGGCGCUGGUGAUCUCUCUGCUUGUUCAUAUCGAUCGAUCUUUCUCCAUUUGGCGGUUGGUUGGUUGGUUUAGUCCUAAAAUCAAAAUCAAAAUCAAAUCAAAGCUUGAAAGUAAAAAAUAAAAAAAUAAUGGAGAGGGAGAAAAGUUCGUCAGCUGUAUCGGAUGUGGGCGCCUGGGCCAUGAAUGUUAUCAGCUCCGUUGGCAUUAUAAUGGCAAACAAGCAGCUCAUGUCCCCUAGCGGCUACGGAUUCAGCUUUGCCACUACUUUAACUGGCUUCCACUUUUCUAUGACGGCAUUGGUUGGUUUGUUGUCAAAUGCUACUGGUUAUUCUCUGUCAAAACAUGUUCCACUAUGGGAGCUUCUCUGGUUCUCAGUUGUUGCCAACAUGUCAAUCACAGGGAUGAACUUUAGCCUCAUGCUGAACUCUGUAGGAUUUUACCAGAUUUCAAAGUUAAGCAUGAUUCCGGUGGUUUGCAUAAUGGAGUGGAUUCUUCACAGCAAACACUAUACAAGGGAAGUCAAGAUGGCUGUGGCAGUGGUUGUUGUGGGGGUUGGUGUCUGCACAGUGACUGAUGUAAAUGUCAACACCAAAGGUUUCUUUUGUUCUGUUGUGGCAGUUUUGUCCACAUCAUUACAACAAAUUUCAAUUGGUUCCCUACAAAAGAAGUACUCAAUAGGCUCUUUUGAAUUGCUGAGCAAGACGGCUCCAAUACAAGCACUCUCUCUUCUUCUCCUUGGUCCUUUCAUUGAUUACUACCUUACUGGCAAAUUUAUAUCAAACUAUCGCCUCUCCUCCAGUGCAUUUUUCUUCAUACUGCUCUCAUGCUCUCUGGCAGUAUUCUGCAAUGUCAGCCAGUACCUCUGCAUUGGACGCUUUUCAGCAGUUUCCUUCCAGGUGUUAGGCCACAUGAAAACAGUUUGUGUCCUGUCAUUAGGGUGGCUGCUCUUUGAUUCAAUAAUUACAUUAAAGAACAUUCUUGGAAUGGCCGUUGCAGUUGUUGGCAUGAUAAUAUACAGUUGGGCAGUAGAGGUUGAGAAGCAAGCUGAUUCCAAGACCAUGCCUGGUAUGAAAAACAGCUUGUCAGAAGAGGAUAUUAAACUAUUGAAAGCUGGACUAGAAGAAACUGCAGUCAAGGAUGUUGAGCUUGGUGACUCCAAAUGAUAGGUUGACAUUCCUUAAGCUGUAAACAGAAGAAAUGCUUCACUUUCUUGCAUCAUCGUGUCAAAUUCUUUUGGCUUUAAUCUAUGUUGUACGAAGCCAUAAGAUAGGUAGAGUGCAUUAUGUGACCAAUAUGUACACAUUUGCCACAAAAUGCAUUCAAUUCUAGACAAGCUCAUCUAUCGCAAAUUUUAUUUUUUUCUCAUCUUUUCUACUAUUAUGGUAGAGAGCGUUUGCUUGAGCAAUGUUCUCCUAAUUGAUUGUUGUAAAAUUUCUACCUAAAUGGUUUUCAAACUCAAAAAGUGCGGAGUGUUAGAUCAUC